AUUUUUUUUUAUUGUUUCUUCCUUUCAGAGGGCAGUGAUUGCAUCAAGGCCAAUGCACAGUCAUGUGGAGAAUGCAUCCAGGUCGCAGAGAAAUGUGGAUGGUGUACAGACACUGUAAGUGUGUCUUUGAUUAAGUUGUUUGAAUGCACAUGCUCGCAGAGGCACAAUCUUGAGACUUAUCUCACUGGAAGCAGCUAACACAAGUGUUUGUAUUUGGAGUUGAACAAUGGCAGGGAUAUGAUUCGAAUACCAGUGUAUGGGCACUUGCUGUGAAAUAGUUGGGUGGGUGGGGGGAGGGAGGUGCCGCCAGCUCAGAUUAUAGUCAUACAGAGCUGUCUUGAGUCACGGAACAGAACACACCCUGACGCUUCCUGUGGUUUAAUGGAGGUUGGCAUCUAAUAUGUUGCAUUACCACUGCCAACUGAACUAUAGAUCCAUUACACUUUGUGAUACAAAAUGGGAAAGGGGAACCCCCAAAAAGUAUUAUAUACAGUACCAGUCAAAAGUUUGGACACACCUACUCAUUCCAGGGUUUUUCUUUAUUUUUGCUAUUUUCUACAUUGUACAAUAAUAGUGAAGACAUCAAAACUAUGAAAUAACACAUAUGGAAUCAUGUAGUAACCAAAAAAGUGUUAAACAAAUCCAAAUAUAUUUUAUAUUUGAGAUUCUUCAAAGUAGCCACCCUUUGCCUUGAUGACAGCUUUGCACACUCUUGGCAUUCAACCAGCUUCAUGAGGUAGUCACCUGGAAUGCAUUUCAAUUAACAGGUGUCCCUUGUUAAAAGUUAAUUUGUGGAAUUUCUUUCCUUCUUAAUGCGUUUGAGCCAAUCAGUUGUGUUGUGACAAGGUAGGGGGGGUAUACAUAAAAUAGCCCUAUUUGGUAAAAAAAAACAAGUCCAUAUUAUGGCAAGAACAGCUCAAAUAAGCAAAGAGAAAUGACAGUCCAUCAUUACUUUAAGACAUGAAGUUCAGUCAAUCCGGAAAAGUUUCUUCAAGUGCAGUCGCAAAUACCAUCAUGAGGACCGCCAAGAGUGUGCAAAGCUGUCAUCAAGGCAAAGGGUGGCUACUUUGAAGAAUCUCAAAUAUAAAAUAUAUUUGGAUUUGUUUAACGCUUUUUUGGUUACUACAUGAUUCCAUAUGUGUUAUUUCAUAGUUUUGAUGUCUUCACUAUUAUUCUACAAUGUAGAAAAUAGUAAAAAUAUGAAUGAGUAGGUGUGUCCAAACUUUUGACUGGUACUGUAUAUUAUUAUCCUACCAACUAACCCUAUACUCAUUAAAACUCAUCACCUUAUUCCACUACUUUAACCCUCUCUGAUCCUACCCCAGGCCAACGGCCUGAGAGGACGGGACACUACCAUUCAACACACGCUGUAACUCUUCUGAAGUAAAAUCUCAUACCCCGGGCCUCCCAAGCGUCGCAGCAGUCUAAGGCACUGCAUCGCAGUGCUUGAGGCGUCACUACAGACCCAGGUUCAAUCCCAGGCUGUAUUGCAUCCUGCUGCGACCGGGAGACCUAUGAGGCGGCACACAAUUGGCCCAGUGUCGUCCGGGUUAGGGGAGGGUUUGGCCGGCCGGGAUGUCCUUGUCCCAUCGCGCUAUAGUUACUCCAUGUGGCGGGCCGGGCGCAUGCACGCUGACUUCGGACUUCGGUGUUUCCUCCGACACAUUGGUCCGGCUGGCUUAUAAGCAGUGUGUCAAGAAGCAGUGCGGCCUGGCAGUGCGGCCCGACCUUUGCCUCUCCCGAGUCCGUAUGGCAUAUGUAGCAAUGGGACAAGACAGUAACUACCAAUUGGAGGGGUAAAAAAAAAAAAAUGUAUCUCGUACCCCCAAGUACUUCUCUUUAGCUGCCCCCACAACAUCUAUUUUCUGUGACUUACCUUCCAUAUCUGCGGUACAGUUGAUAACCAUUGAUAUGAACACUAAGAAGCCAACCUUACUGAAACGUACACUAUAUAUACAAAUGUAUGUGGACACCCCUUCAAAUUAUUGGAUUCGGCCAUUUCAGCCACACCCGUUGCUGACAGGUGUAUAAAAUCGAGCACACAUCCAUCCAAUCUCCAUAGACAAACAUUGGCAGUAGAAUGCCCUUACUGAAGAGCUCAGUGACUUUCAACGUGGCACCUUCAUAGGUUGCCACCUUUCCAACAAGUCAGUUCGUCAAAUUUCUGCCCUGCUAGGGCUGCCCCGGUCAACUGUAAGUGCUGUUGUGAUGUGGAAACGUCUAGGAGCAACAACGGCGCGAAGUGGUAAAAAUCGUCUGUCCUCAGUUGCAACACUCACUACCAAGUUCCAAACUGCCUCUGGAGGCAACGUCAGCACAAUAACUUUUCUUCGGGAGCUUCAUGAAAUGGGUUUCCAUGGCCAAGAAGCUGCACACAAGCCUAAGAUCACCAUGCGCAAUGCCAAGCACCGGCUGGAGUGGUGUAAAGGUCCCGCCAUUGGACUCUUGAGCAGUGGAAAUGUGUUCUCUGCAGUGAUGAAUCACGAUUUGGUAGUCCGACGGAUGAAUCUGGGUUUGGCGGAUGCCAGGAGAACGCUACCUGCCCCAAUGCAUAGUGCCAACUGUAAAGUUUGGUGGAGGAGGAAUAAUGGUCUGGAGCUGUUUUUCAUGGUUUGGGCUAGGCCCCUUUGUUCCAGUGAAGGGAAAUCUUAACGCUACAGCAUACAAUGACAUUCUAGACGAUUCUGUGCUUCCAACUUUGUGGCAACAGUUUGGGGAAGGCCCUUUCCUGUUUCAGCAUGACAAUGCCCCCGUGCACAAAGCGAUGUCCGUACAGAAAUGGUUUGUCGAGAUCGGUGUGGAAUACCUUGACUUGCCUGCACAGAGCCCUGACCUCAACCCCAUCAAACACCUUUGGGAGGAAUUGGAACGCCGACUGCGAGCCAGGCCUAAUCGCCCAACAUCAGUGCCCGACCUCACUAAUGCUCUUGUAGCUGAAUGGAAGCAAGUCCCUGCAGCAAUGUUCCAACAUCUAGUGGAAAGCUUUCCCAGAAGAGUGGAGGCUGUUGUAGCAGCAAAGGGAGGACUAACUCCAUAUUAAUGCCCAUGAUUUCGUAAUGAGAUGUUCGACGAGCAGGUGUCCACAUACUUUUGGUCAUGUAGUGUAUAUCACUCAUUGGCCUAUCCCUCUGUUCUGGCACAUAUCUACUAUUCACAGGGAUCCUCUCAGAAUCCCUCACCCUUGAUCCACCCUCCUCUACUUUAUUCACUGCCUUAGCAUACGACAUCUUCUGCACUACUCUGAGGCUGGCCACCUCAACCUGCCUCUCUCGCACCGGACACCUCCGAUCCCCAGCAACAUGAGCACCCCUAAAGUUGACACACACAUCUUUUCCCACCAAAACUACACAUUCCUCUGUCCCAUGUCCUCCUGCACACUUCCCACAUCUUAGAAUCUCCCUACUACACACUGCUGCUACAUGCCCAUAAACGUGACACCUAUAACACCGCAGUGGAUUCGGCACAAAAGCUCUAACAGCAUAACUCAUAUAACCUAACAAAUUACUUUGUCAGGUAAAGACUCUAAAUCAAAGUUCAAAAGAGCAGGCUGUCACAUCUGUUUCACCACGCUCUCCACCGGGUCUGAGUCGCACCAAACAGCGGGUGUCACAAACACCAGGAAUCUUCAACUUCAAUUGCUCCACCUCCACAUUUAACGCUACCCCAGAAAUCACUCCCUUCAAUGGUGCCCUGUACAUAAGCGCAAAGCAAGAUACAGGUCUUUCCCCAAGUUGCGUCACAUGGAGCACCUGCUCCCUCUGAUCUGAAGAAACACAAACAAACAUGACAAUCCACUUUGGGUUACCUUCACCGACUCAACAGCACCCACCGUAUAUUCCAUCCAACCUGAAACCACCCUCUUCAAAAAUCUCACUUCCACUGGAUCAAACGUAUCUUUAUCAUAACCAUGUCCAUCAAAACAAAGGCUCGGCCUCCGAGCUCCUCACAACACCUCUACCCCUUCGAUUUCACCUCCAGAACUCGAACUGGCGUCCGGCUCACUCUGUUUGAACUUGACACCAAUCUUCCUCAACAUAUUAUUGCUAGCUUCAACAGAUUCAAGCAUAUCCUCUGCCUCCCUCAGUCUUUUCAACCUCCUCUCUCUUUCCCUCCAAUCCUCCUCCCUUAACAAAUUACCAAACUCCUUCUGAAAAUAUUCAACUUUUCCAAGCCAGAAUCUAUUUUUAGCCUCUUCGAGAGACAUUCUAAGCUCUGUACUCCCUCCACUUCCAGUCUGACCGAACUUGUUCCUUCUUCAUACUGCAAAAUCAUCAGAUAUGUCAUAUCAGAAUGAGUGCUUCAUCACGUGUAUGUUGACUAUUGUGAAAACCAAUCAAAAAUCAAUACAUUAACAUAAAAAAUAAGAAAAUGUGGGUUAUUUGUCAACUUUAAUUAAAUGUUUUGUCUUUCUCUGUGCAGGACUUCCUGAAGCAGGGAGAGUCUAAGUCAGCCCGCUGUGAUGAGCUGAAGUCCCUGAUCAUGAAGGGCUGCACUAAGGCCAAGAUCGAGAACCCCCGGGGCAGCACCUCCAUCAACAAGAACAAGCCUGUCACCAACCGCAAGAAGGACGUGGCCGAGAAGCUGAAGCCUGACCAGAUCACUCAGAUCCAGCCCCAGAAACUCACCCUCAACCUCCGAUCCGGUAAAGACCUGACUCCUGACCUGUGCUGAUAUAGGAUCAGUUUGACCUUUUAGAUCAUAAUGAAUAAGAUGGACAUGGAGGACCUGAUCCUCGGUCAGCACUCCUACUCUAAGAGGUUUUGUGAAUAUGGGCCCUGCCUCCUGAUCUGACCAGCUCAGCGGCCAUGUAGCUAUAUGAUACUUUAUGUAAACAGGGCAUAUUAUAAUAUGCAAUCUUUCUUGAAGUUACCAUUAACAUGCAGUCAAUUUCUGAAUCCAAGUUUUCAGGCAGAAUCCUGUUGAUGUUUGUAACAUAUUGAAUGAUGAAGAGUCUUCAUGUUCUCUGAAUCUAUUCCAUUCCUUUCUCACCAUGCAGGUGAGGCCCAGACCUUUAAGUUGAAGUUCAAGAGGGCAGAGGACUACCCCAUCGACCUCUACUACUUGAUGGACCUCUCCUUCUCCAUGAGAGACGAUUUGGAGAAUGUCAAGAAUCUGGGGACUGACCUGAUGCGUGAGAUGAAGGAGGUCACCUCAGACUUCAAGAUCGGUAAAAUACUUCACAUACUCAAAAUGUUCAGAGUAAGGUCACUCAGAAAGACGGAAGGUACAACCGCUCAUUGGGUACUUCACUGUGGCUACCCUCUGUUCCAACCUGUGUUUGUGUAUUUUGUAAGGGGUUGGGAUCAGAGCAAAAUAUGGAUUUCAAUGGACUGCAAGGAAAAUGGAUCAAUAAAGUAUUCUUGUUGUUAUUGUUCUUCUUCUCAACCUUGGCUGUUUUCCUGACCAGGUUUCGGCUCCUUUGUGGAGAAGACGGUGAUGCCAUACAUCAGCACCACCCCAGCCAGACUGUUGAACCCCUGCCCCAGCAACGAGAACUGCACCAGCCCCUUCAGCUAUAAGAACGUGCUGAAGCUGACUGAGAACGGGGAGGAGUUCAACAGCCUGGUCAGUAAGCAGCAGAUCUCUGGAAAUCUGGACUCCCCUGAGGGAGGCUUCGAUGCCAUCAUGCAGGUGGCCGUCUGUGGGGUGAGUGACCUGACCUGGGGCAUAGUGGGAUAGUCUCACUUCAUGGCCUGUAGUCAUAAAGCAUCUUAAGUAGGAGUACUGAUCUAGGAUCAGUUUAGCCUUUUUGACCAUGAUGAAUAAGAUUACAUGGACGGGGGGUCCUGAUCCUAGAUCAGCACUUCUAAUCGAAUACACUUUAUAAACACCAGCCCAGAAGUACAGAAAGCUUCCAAAUUGGCUAGAAUGGUUAAUGAUUGAGAUAGGUAGCUUAGUGGUUCAGGGGGAGGCAGGUAGCUUAGUGGUUAAGAGCGUUGUGCCAGUAACCGAAAGGUCGCUGGUUCUAAUCCCCGAGCCAACUAGGUGAAAAAUCUGUCGAUGUGCCCUUGAGCAACGCACUUAACCCUACUUGCUCUGGAUAAGAGCGUCUGCUAAAUGACUAAAAUGUAAAUAAUACCAGUCAGUCCAAAGCAUUACAACAAAGAAUUAUGAUUCAUUGAUAAAGUUGGAUACAUUUGUUUUCUUUUGGGGGCUCUAAUUGGUUGUGUUUUUGCCCCUCCCCCUGCAGGAUGCCAUUGGCUGGAGGGACGUCACUCGUCUGCUGGUGUUCUCCACUGACGCUGGCUUCCACUUUGCUGGAGACGGCAAGCUGGGCGGCAUCGUUCUGCCCAACGACGGGAAGUGUCAUCUGGAGAACAACAUGUACACUAUGAGCCAUUACUACGUAUGUGUUUCUCUAUAUACUCUAUACUUUCCAGCCAUUUUAUAUUGCAUUUGUUUUAUUAUAGUGGAUUGAUUGUGUGUAUUUGGUAUGCUGACCAUGGACAAUAAAGUUUAGGGCUGACCCCAUUUAGUCGACUGGUGGAUUGUUGGGUCAAUAGGCUGUUGGUCGACCGACAUUUCUUUAGUCGAGCAGUAGCAAAAAAAAAAAUAGUAAUAUCAUGGUGUACAAGACACCUGUCGGAUUCGCAACUGUCUGAGUGGACUGAUCUAUUGUGGAGGCCGUGGGGAUGGUACAGUCCAUCACUCUAAGACAUGUGCUACUGAAAUUGUAUAUGGUUAUAUUACAUAUGAACAAUGGUGCAACACUAAUAAAAAUAAUAUUAUUUUAUAACAAAUGUGCUUUCUCCCGCGUUGGAUAGUGAUCACUCUCCGCGGUUCAGAAACACUUCAGUUGUUGCUAUGUGCAUAAUAGCUAAGUUAACCAGCAUAUUGGUGUUGAGAACAAUGCAGAGGAGGCAGCAGCAGAACGAGGAGAUGAGAAAACAGCCAUUUACAUUUACAUUUUAGUCAUUUAGCAGACGCUCUUAUCCAGAGCGACUUUACAGUUAGUUCAUACAUUUUUUGUUUUUUUCAUACAGCCCUUGCCUUAUUGUCUAAGAAAAGUGAGGAGAGAGGAAACCCCAACUUAAUUAGGUCUAUAAUCAAUAGCCUAACUGUUAAUUGUGCCUGGCUUUAUAAAUCAUCAAUAUAUCUACAGAAGUAAGACAGAUCCUGCUUCUGUUUCCUGUUUGAUUGAGUGUUUAAUAGCCUACUGAUUCUGUGAGCACCAAGCCUCACGCAAUGACAUGUCAAGUAAACGAUUCGGCUGUAUUUAAUCUUUGCUUUGCUGUUAUAAAGGAUUUACACUUUUUUUUCGUUAGAACAGCCGCUGGUAUUAUUUAUAAUUUCUUUAGUGUUUACACUGUUCCAAAUUGUCCGUAAAAAUAUAUUUAUAAUAAUAAUAAUAAUAACACUCCUUUUUCUUGAUCUUCUUCUUAUUGUUAUUAUUACUAUUAUUAUUAUGAUCAUCAUUAUAAUAAUAAGUCAUGUCAUGAUCAUUAGGAGGCUUAGUAUAGAAGCCUUGUAUAACCACCAUCGAGCUGUAGGCCUAAGAGCGCAUCCUGUUUAGUCUUAAUACCGUAACUUACUUAGGCCUAUAUUUCAAUACUUAUAUAGGCUACUGUAUCAAUCAAUAAUUCAUUCGUUCAUGUCAUCACACAGCAUACGAGUCAUUCAUUAUUUGAAAUGCAAUCAAAGCAUUUUAGCUUUAAAAUAAAAUAAAGCCAGCCUCGAAUAAUUAGCUUAAAAAAUAAACCGUUCCAUUUCGGAAAAUGCAUUCACGAAUGAAUGUGACAAUUUUUUGUCUUUGCUGUAAUAAAGGCUUAGCAAAAAAAACUUUACAACAGACUCUCUGGUACGCUUAUAAUUUAUUUAGUGUUGUUUACAUUAUUCCAAAUGGUCAGAAACAUUAUUGUAAUCUAUACAGCACCUGUUUGGCACACAUAAUAUGCACGCAGAGCUUGCUCCUUACCUUAUUUUUCUUGAUCUCCAGUAUUUUCCACAACUAGUCAAAUUUAUUCCACACAUCUGACUUUCCCUUUACCUCCUGAGCAACCAGUAAACAUUCUCCCAUUUCGAGUUUAUUUGCCACGUCCUCUGCAUCCAACCAAUUUAUUGAUGUGAUUAUGAUAUGCUAUAGGUCAGGCCCUAUUGUGUCCUAUUUGGACGAGAUUCGUUUUACUGGGGGAGGUUGGUUAAUGUCAUUAUGUGCACAAGCAUAAAACACAGCAUCUGUCAUUUUAGUCCCGUCCAAAUCUGCCAUGUCAGUAAUUUUUACAUGGCAGGAGAGUAACAAUUCCAGCCAGAAUAACCUACUCCAAGGUCCUCUGAUAAUACUAGUCCAGUAUGAAUCGACAUCCCUGUGUUUUGAGAGAAAUGUUGGAGUUUGACAGGUGUCGCUUGCAGUUUUUACAAGAAAAUAACUGAUUCGAUAAAUUGAACUAAGUGCUGCGCAAAAGCUUUAUAUGAAUGGCCUACAUGUAGCCUAUCAACUUUCACAGUGAAUGCUUUUGUUUUAAUUUUAGUGAGUAUGAAUUGAAUAUUGCCAAAUGCAUCAGUAAAAAAUAUUGAGCCUAUUUAAUGCAACCCUUGCUGUUAAUAGAUCGCAAAGCAGCAUACAACUGACCUAAACGUUUGGAAAUGAUAAGUUAACUUUCUCAUCCAUAGCCUUAAAACACAUCUCAAGUGCAAUUGCACUGUUUAGCUCACAUCUGAAGGCUGGGGGGCAUUCAGGACGUACUGCGGAGCUCUAAAAUAUCCUAAUGAUUAUGAUCACACUUCCUCAAUUCAAUUCAAAUAUUAUGGCAGCACUAUACAUUUACAUUACAUUUUUGUCAUUUAGCAGACGCUCUUAUCCAGAGCGACUUACAAUUAGUGAGUGCAUACAUUAUUUUUAUUUUUUUCAUACUGGCCCCCCGUGGGAAUCGAACCCACAACCCUGGCGUUGCAAACGCCAUGCUCUACCAACUGAGCUACAUCCCUGCCGGCCAUUCCCUCCCCUACCCUGGACGAUGCUGGGCCAAUUGUGCGCCGCCCCAUGGGUCUCCCGGUCGCGGCCGGCUACGACAGAGCCUGGAUUCGAACCAGGAUCUCUAGUGGCACAGCUAGCACUGCGAUGCAGUGCCUUAGACCAAGCUCUAGUUAUCAGUGUGGCCCUAUCACCUGGACAUGUUGAAAUACUGUAUAUUCACGCCUAGAAUAAAAACCUCCAGGCUUCCGUCAUAACCGUCAUAACUGUCAAUUUAUUGGAAAUAAUAAGAAUUACAAAGGGGAGUUUGGAAAACACAUUCUGGAGUAAUAAUUACAUAACCAACUUUCUCUAGUAAUACUAGUCCCAUGCGAAUAGGUCUUUGGUCACGUGCAUGCGAUGCAUAGUCUACAUGUGUCACGUAAAGAGAGCAAGGGUUGAGGGAUUAGGGAAUGUUUUUCCUAAACAAAUGAGGGAUUUCGGUAACAGAACCUUUCAGUCAGAAAUGGCUGUAAUUAUGUUGCAGCUUCAGCAACAUGGACAGCGCUAUAAACACUUUGAUGUUCUGUGGUGGUCGCUGCAGCAGGGAGGAGACAAUGGGUGCUAGUCACACAGUCACUCGCUGUCUUUUUUUUUUAGGCUCCAUCUAGUCAUUUGUGUGUCUUAAUUGUUUAAUCAAACAGUGUGCUUAAAGCAUCAGACAAGCUCAGUGAAUAUAGUUGAUUUGAUUAAAACACAUAAGAUGUGUCAAUAUAUGGAAAAAUACACGUUUAAAAAUAUCAACCAAUCGAUCGAAAAAACAGACAACUCUUGGUCGAUCAAGAUUUUUUAGGGUACAGCCCUAAUAAAGUUAUCGUAUCAUAUAUGGCAGGGAUUGGCAACAGGCGGCCAGCGGGCCAAAACCGCCCCGCAAGGGAUCUUUUUGGGGGGCUCCCCAACGUUUUUAGUAAAACAGUUUGUUUUUGGUCAAAAAAGACUGAAAUCAUCAGGAAUUCAGCUAAAAAUUAGUUGAAUUUAGGAAAUCUGUUCCCAAAGAUUCCCGCGAAUAAAAAAAGAGACAUGAUCGUGUCUCAAUGUAAUCAAGGUAUGAAAUUAUUGUUAUUUUCAAAUACAUCUUGCAUUUAUUUUCAAUUGACAGGACUAUCCCUCCAUUGCCCAUUUGGUCCAGAAACUGAGCGACAACAACAUUCAGACAAUUUUUGCGGUUACUGAGGAAUUCCAGCCUGUUUACAAGGAACUGAAGAACCUCAUCCCCAAGUCUGCAGUAGGAACUCUGUCCUCCAACUCCAGCAACGUCAUCAAGCUCAUUAUCGAUUCCUACAACGUGAGUUUAACCCCCUAGCUUUGACACUAGCAUUGACUUGAAAUGGCUGUUUGAUUUUAAAGCUAAUAAUUACUGUGCAGAAAAUAAAUACCUGGGAUGGUUCCCAAAUGGGACCCUAUUCCCUAUAUAGUGCACUGCUGUUCUUCUAUUGACAUAUUUUGUUGAAAUUCUGUGUAUGUUAUUUGAUAGUUUCUGUCAUCUGAAGACCUUCUCUGUAUGUUGUUUGCAGUGCUUGACUUGGACUGAAAUAAGUGGCGGUACUCAUUUUGGAUGCCGGUACUGUUUAUAUUUAGGUGCAGGAGCUUCACAAUACUUUUGAUCAAAUAUUCUAUAAGAGGAACAGAAGCUCAAGCAGUAGAACAUUUGAGGUGCUGGUACUCCGCUCCGGUGAGCUCCUGCCCAAGUCAAGCACUGGUUGUUUGAUAGUCUCUGUCAUCUGAAGAUAUUCUCUGUAUGUCGUGUGAUAGUCUCUGUCAUCUGAAGUCAUUCUGGAAAACAGCAAGCUGCCUGAAGGUGUAUCCAUAACAUACAAGUCCAUCUGCAAGAACGGUUGGUUUGGAACAGGAGAGAAUGGAAGAAAAUGCUCUAACAUCUCCAUUGGAGAUGAGGUAAGUGUGAGCGAGCGCAGCCUUUCCGUAGUGGUCUGGUCUCUAUUGAAAUAGGGGUUGAGAAUAAAAAUGUGUCAAUGUAUUACAUCUGGAAAAAUGUGUAAACCAUCCAAGACAUUUUAGGAGUUUACUAAUGAAAAACAAGAAGAGGAAAUAUCAUUGAGACUGUUUAUUGUCAACGUUUCCGCUCAAGAGGCCUUUCUCAAUACCAGUGUCCAGGAGUUUACUAAAGGGCGAUUCCAGCUGUUGAGGAAAACUCGUUCCAAGGAUCAGGCAGAGCUCAUUAUCCAGUUAAUAAGAGUUUAUUCAAGCAAUUGCAAGGGAGAUUACACUCAGGAUAUAUCUGAGAGGAAACUCAAAGUUACAGAGUCACACACAGUCAUUAUAUACAGUACCAGUCAAAAGUUUGGACACACCUACUCAUUCAAGGCUUUUUCUUUAUUUUUUCCUUUGUUCUACAUUGUAGAAUAAUAGUGAAGACAUCAAAACUAUGAAAUAACACAUAUGGAAUCAUAUAGUAACCAAAAAAGUGUUAAACAAAUCAAAAUAUAUUUUAUAUUUGAGAUUCUUCAAAGUAGCCACCCUUUGUCUUGAUGACAACUUUGCACACUCCUGGCAUUCUCUCACACUGGCUUCAUGAGGUAGUUACCUGGAAUGCAUUUAAAUUAACAGGUGUGCCUUGUUAAAAGUUAAUUUGUGGAAUUUCUUUCCUUCUUAAUGCACUUGAGCCAAUCAGUUGUGUUGUGACAAGGUAGUAUACAAAUAGCCCUAUUUGGUAAAAGACCAAGUCCAUAUUAUGGCAAGAACAGCUCAAAUAAGCAAAGAGAAAUUACAGUCCAUCAUUACUUUAAGACAUGAAGGUCAGUCAAUCCAGUAAAUUUCAAGAACUUUGAAUGUUUCUUCAAGUGCAGUCGCAAAGACCAUCAAGCGCUAUGACGAAACUGGCUCUCAUGAGGACGGCCACAGGAAAGGAAGACCCAGAGUUACCUCUGCUGCAGAGGAUAGGUUCAUUAGAGUUAACUGCACCUCAAAUUUGCAGCCCAAAUAAAUGCUUCACAGAGUUCAAGUAACAGACACAUCUCAACAUCAACUGUUCAGAGAAGACUGCGUGAAUCAGGCCUUCAUUGUCGAAUUGCUGCAAAGAAACCACUACUAAAGGACACCAAUAAUAAGAAGAGACUUGCUUGGGCCAAGAAACACAAGCAAUGGACAUUAGACUGGUGGAAAUCUGUCCUUUGGUCUGAUGAGUCCAAAUUUGAGAUUUUUGGUUCCAACUGCCGUGUCAAAUCAAAUCAAAUCAAAUUGUAUUGGUCACAUGCGCCGAAUACAACAGGUGCAGACAUUACAGUGAAAUGCUUACUUACAGCCCUUAACCAACAGUGCAUUUAUUUUUAACAAAAAAAGUAAAAAUAAAACAACAACAAAAAAAGUGUUCAGAAAAAAAGAGCAGAAGUAAAAUAAAAUAACAGUAGGGAGGGUAUAUAUACAGGGGGGUACCGUUGCAGAGUCAAUGUGCGGGGGCACCUGCUAGUUGAGGUAGUUGAGGUAAUAUGUACAUGUGGGUAGAGUUAAAGUGACUAUGCAUAAAGUCUUUGUGAGACGCAGAGUAGGUGAACGGAUGAUCUCCGCAUGUAUGGUUCCCACCGUGAAGCAUGGAGGAGGAGGUGUGAUGGUGUGUGGGUGCUUUGCUGGUGACACUGUCAGUGAUUUAUUUAGAAUUCAAGGCACACUUAACCGGCAUGGCUACCGCAGCAUUCUGCAGCGAUACGCAAUCCCAUCUGGUUUGCACUUAGUGGGACUAUCAUUUGUUUUUCAACAGGACAAUGACCAAAAACACACCUCCAGGCUGUGUAAGGGCUAUGUGACCAAGAUCACCCGACCUCAACCCAAUCACCCGACCUCAACCCAAUUGAGAUGGUUUGGGAUGAGUUGGACCGCAGAGUGACGGAAUAGCAGCCAACAAGUGCUCAGCAUAUGUGGGAACUCCUUCAAGACUGAUGGAAAAGCAUUCCAGGUGAAGCUGGUUGAGAGAAUGCCAAGAGUGUGCAAAGCUGUCAUCAAGGCAAAGGGUGGCUGCUUUGAAGAAUUUGUUUAACACUUUUUUGGUUACUACAUGAUUCCAUAUGUGUUAUUUCAUAGUUUUGAUGUCUUCACUAUUAUUCUACAAUGUAGAAAAUAGUAAAAAUAAAGAAAAACCCUUGAAUGAGUAGGUUUGUCCAAACUUUUGACUGGUACUGUACUUCUUACACAAAGAUCUGCUUGCCUCUCCUAAGGGAGCCAAGCUUACUUGAGAGAUGAGGGAUACUUGGCUCCACUUCCUUAAAGCAUUGUACACAAGUUCUCACAGCCUACAUGUCUAAGAGAGGGGAGUGAUGAGUUCUUUAAAGCCUAUUCAGCUGCAAGAAGAUUUAAAUCUUGAGCUAGACCUCUGGUGCCCGAAGAGAAAAGGAGCCAGUAGCAAAUCACUCCUGUGAGAAGAGGAAAACUAAACAGUCAUGGAAAAUUACCAGUUGAAUAGCACUAUACAACUCAACCAUUUUACAUAGCAUUUAGACUGUAACAAAACCAUUUUACAUAGCAUUUAGACUCUAACAAAUCCAUUUUACAUAGUAUUUAGACUAACGAAACCAUUUUUGCCCCAACACAGCAUUAUGGACAUUUCAUUUGGAAAUGACUAACAUUUUGUGCAUGCGCAGGUUGACUUUUCCACUGAAUCGCCCUAAUGCCUUCAUCCUAUCAUCUAGGUGUCCUUUGAGAUUGCCAUCAAGUCCGAGAAGUGUCCGCCUCAAGGCAAGUCCGAGACCAUUACAAUCAAGCCGCUGGGUUUUACUGAGAAUGUGGAGAUCGUCCUCAACUUCAUCUGCGAAUGUGAAUGUUCCAAAGAUGGAAAACCUCUCAGCGAGAUGUGCCAUAAUGGCAAUGGGACCUUUGAAUGUGGAGCCUGCAGGUACAAUAUAAAAACAGUUGGUUUGGUUCUACUUUUUUGGGUGUGAAUUGAUUGUAGAAAUGUUGUUCUGAAACUAUAUGCUGAGUGCAUGUUUGCGUCCCAAAUGGCACCCUAUUCCCUAUAUAGUGCGAUACUUUUGACCAGAGCCCUAUGGGCUAAGUCUCUUGCUUUCGCUCAGGUGCAACAAGGGCCGUAUUGGAAGACUGUGUGAGUGCAGUACAGACGAGGUGAGGACAGAUGACCUGGACGCUAACUGCCGGAAGGACAACGGCACAGACAUCUGCAGCAACAACGGAAACUGUGUGUGUGGAACCUGUGAGUGUAAAAAGAGAGAGAACCCAGAAGAACGUUACAGUGGGAAGUUCUGCGAGUGUGACAACUUCAACUGUGACCGCUCUAACAACAAACUCUGUGGAGGUAGGACCCGUGGCUGGCCCCCUUGGUUUGAGUACAUGUACAGUGGGGGAAAAAAGUAUUUAGUCAGCAACCAAUUGUGCAAGUUCUCCCACUUAAAAAGAUGAGAGAGGCCUGUAAUUUUCAUCAUAGGUACACGUCAACUAUGACAGACAAAUUGAGAAUUUUUUUCUCCACAAAAUCACAUUGUAGGAUUUUUUAUGAAUUUACUUGCAAAUUAUGGUGGAAAAUAAGUAUUUGGUCACCUACAAACAAGCAAGAUUUCUGGCUCUCACAGACCUGUAACUUCUUCUUUAAGAGGCUCCUCUGUCCUCCACUCGUUACCUGUAUUAAUGGCACCUGUUUGAACUUGUUAUCAGUAUAAAAGACACCUGUCCACAACCUCAAACAGUCACACUCCAAACUCCACUAUGGCCAAGACCAAAGAGCUGUCAAAGGACACCAGAAACAAAAUUGUAGACCUGCACCAGGCUGGGAAGACUGAAUCUGCAAUAGGUAAGCAGCUUGGUUUGAAGAAAUCAACUGUGGAAGCAAUUAUUAGGAAAUGGAAGACAUACAAGACCACUGAUAAUCUCCCUCGAUCUGGGGCUCCACGCAAGAUCUCACCCCGUGGGGUCAAAAUUAUCACAAGAACGGUGAGCAAAAAUCCCAGAACCACACGGGGGGACCUAGUGAAUGACCUGCAGAGAGCUGGGACCAAAGUAACAAAGCCUACCAUCAGUAACACACUACGCCGCCAGGGACUCAAAUCCUGCAGUGCAAGACGUGUCCCCCUGCUUAAGCCAGUACAUGUCCAGGCCCGUCUGAAGUUUGCUAGAGUGCAUUUGGAUGAUCCAGAAGAGGAUUGGGAGAAUGUCAUAUGGUCAGAUGAAACCAAAAUAUAACUUUUUGGUAAAAACUCAACUCGUCGUGUUUGGAGGACAAAGAAUGCUGAGUUGCAUCCAAAGAACACCAUACCUACUGUGAAGCAUGGGGGUGGAAACAUCAUGCUUUGGGGCUGUUUUUCUGCAAAGGGACCAGGACGACUGAUCCGUGUAAAGGAAAGAAUGAAUGGGGCCAUGUAUCGUGACAUUUUGAGUGAAAACCUCCUUCCAUCAGCAAGGGCAUUGAAGAUGAAACGUGGCUGGGUCUUUCAGCAUGACAAUGAUCCCAAACACACCACCCGGGCAACGAAGGAGUGGCUUCGUAAGAAGCAUUUCAAGGUCCUGGAGUGGCCUAGCCAGUCUCCAGAUCUCAACCCCAUAGAAAAUCUUUGGAGGGAGUUGAAAGUCCGUGUUGCCCAGAUACAGUCCCAAAACAUCACUGCUCUAGAGGAGAUCUGCAUGGAGGAAUGGGCCAAAAUACCUGCAACAGUGUGUGAAAACCUUGUGAAGACUUACAGAAAACGUUUGACCUGUGUCAUUGCCAACAAAGGGUAUAUAACAAAGUAUUGAGAAACUUUUGUUAUUGACCAAAUACUUAUUUUCCACCAUAAUUUGCAAAUAAAUUCAUAAAAAAAUCCUACAAUGUGAUUUUCUGGAUUUUUUUCCUCAUUUUGUCUGUCAUAGUUGACGUGUACCUAUGAUGAAAAUUACAGGCCUCUCUCAUCUUGUUAAGUGGGAGAACUUGCACAAUUGGUGGCUGACUAAAUACUUUUUUCCCCCACUGUAUACAAGUUUUCAUUGACACAUUGUGUUCAUUCGACACUGCUGCGUACUGUAGCAUUACCACACCCAUUAUGAGUAGCCUAAUCGAUAGAAUAAACAACUGAAAGAACGUGUUUUAAAAUGUGCAGCAUGGAUCCUCCAUUUUCUCCACCCCUUUCCUCAGACAUGGUCUGAAAGAAUUUGUUUUAGAUUGGGUGAUUCUUCAAAAUUGUUGGUUGAGUUGUGUAGGCCUAGCAUUGAUUGAACCUCUUAUUUUCUCCCCCCCUUCCCUCUACUAGGACAUGGGCGUUGUGAGUGCAGGGUGUGUAUCUGUGAUGCCAACUACACGGGCAGCGCCUGCGACUGUUCCCUGGACACUGCCACCUGCCUAGCAGCCAACAAGCAGAUAUGUAAUGGCCGUGGCACCUGCGAGUGUGGCGUCUGCAAGUGCACCAACCCCAAGUUCCAGGGUCCCACCUGUGAGAUCUGUCCCACCUGCCCCGGAGUCUGCGCUGAGCACAAGUGAGCCUGAGAACUCAGGGUGUUCAAACACUCUUUUAGUUUGUUUGUGCGAUCUGUUUUUAGGUAUUUUGUAUGGUCUAUAUUUGUAUCAUGUUACCCCUGGUUGCAGACCAAAUUUACCUCUGGGACAAUAAAGUUUGUUUGAUUGAUGAUUGUCCUCUACAGGGAGUGUGUUCAGUGCCGGGCCUUUGAGACAGGAGAGAAGAAGGACACGUGUGAGAGGGACUGCAGCUACUUCAACCUGAUCAUAGUGAAGGACCGGGACAAGCUGCCCCAGCCAGCCGACCAGUCCUACCCCCUAUCCCACUGUAAGGAGAGGGACGCCAACGACUGCUGGUUCUACUACACCUACGCCGUCAGGAACGACACAGAGAGGGAGGUCUAUGUGGUCGAGACUCUGGGUGAGUGGAUGGAUGUUGCUGCUCAACUCUCUGAAAGAAACAAAUAUCUUUGAUUAUCCUUUUUAGGAAUAACCUGCCCUAAUGUCUCCACGUCUGUAUAGCCUUUUACAGGCUGUGUUGCUAAUGGCACCUUUUGACCUGGGCCCUAUGGUCUCUGGUUAAAGUAGUGCACUACCAAAGGAAGUCGUGCACUACAAAGGGAAUAAGAUGCCAUUAGGGAGACAACCACAGUGUAGGCCUAUGUCCAUUGUAUAUGAUUAACUAUAAAUGCAGAAUGUUGCCAUUUACUCUACGUGUGUGUGUGCCCUUCUGUGCUCCAGAGUGCCCAGCGGGCCCUGACAUCAUCCCUAUCGUGGCUGGCGUCGUGGCGGGCAUCGUGCUGAUCGGCCUGGCGCUCCUCCUCAUCUGGAAGCUGCUCAUGAUCAUCCACGACCGCAGGGAGUUUGCCAAGUUCGAGAAGGAGAAAAUGAACGCCAAGUGGGACACGGUAAGGUGGAUCACACCAGCACACUGUCGGAUCACACCAGCACACCUGCUUUCAGAAAAUAAUUGGGACUAGCGGUGGAUGCUUUUUAUUGUUUACAUUGCAGAUAUCUGGGCCUGUAUUCAUAAAGCGUCUCAGAGCAGAACUGCUUAACUAGGAUCAGGUCCCCCCUGUCCAUAUAGUCUAAUUAAUUGUGAUAUAAAAGUCAAAACUGAUCCUAAUCAGCACUCCUACUCUGAGAAUCUUGAUGCAUACAGCCCCUGCUCUACUCUUGAAAUGUGCGAUAUCUUUGAUGUGCUAUAGGGUUAACUAAUUUCUAUAUAUAACCAGAUAAAAGGGGGGAGCUUCUAUUGAAGCUUACUGUUUCUGAUUUCAGAGCUCAUUCAUCCAGCAUCCUUUUUACUGCUAGGCUGCCUCCCUCAAGAGAUGCACUUCAGUGCCUUUGAAGGCCAGAGAGAGAUCUGUGUGAAUACCAACCGUUAUAUUUGUGCCUUGGUUAUAUCUUUGGCUCAAUCUCCCCUUUCCUUUCUGUUCUGUGCCAACAACGGCAGCACAGAAACCUGGCUCUGGCAUGCUGCUCAGGCUGAGACAGACUUUAUUCACGUUUCCUCUAUGGGCCUUUCCCUGUCUAGGCUAGGGUAGCAGUGCUUCCACCAUCUGUCCACUCAUCAGUACUACAUGCCCAUAAUAGGCAAUAAAGCUGAGGUUACCAACAGAAACUCAAUCCAGCUGCUCAGUGUGCUCUGAAGUCAUAGCAACAGUACUCCAUGUUCAUAGUAGAAUGACAGAACACUUGUGUGCUGAGAGAGAAUAUAGCCUCUGGUUGAGUCCCAAAUGGCACACUAUGCCCUAUAGAGUGCACUACUUUUGAACAGAGCCCUGUGGGCCCUGGUCAAAAGUUGUGGUAGUGCACUAUAAAGGGAAUAGGGUGCUAUUUGGGAAUAGGGUGCUAUUUGGGACAGAACCUCAGUCUCAAGGGCAUGGCUUUUGCUAACCAUUUGGGUUGGAUAUGUUUGUAUUCUGAGUGAUGGAUAUACACUAUUUAGUAGGCUAAGCCUUUCUUUUUUUAUACUUGGAUUUUAUUAUACUUUUUCAAAACAGUUCAACAAAAACAGUAAAAACUAAAUAAUAAAUCAAAACAAACAGAAGUUGCCAUCCAAUAGGUACAGAAUAAUAUAUAAGGUAAGUAUACAGAGAAGUGAUGUUGCAUUGUUAAAAAUAUAUUAGUUAAUCAAGUCUUCCUGACUUUCAAAUACAGGUUUCCAUAUUAAACAUUUAUUGGAUUAUACUUAGCCAUUCUUAAAAUGUUGGGGCUUCUACUUUAUACCAGUUCCUGGUAAUGGUGGCUAAGCAUUUCUGCUUUGUGGUCCUAUAAGGCUAAGUUUGUAUUGCCCAUCUUUCUUUUCCCUUUUUCCUGCAUGUACUUUACAUUCCCUUUGGAGUGUUUUGUGCUUGAGUUUUGCAUCUUUUCCACACCCGUUUUCACUCAUAUUUUCAUUCUCUUCUUCAAAGCAAAAGCUGUAAGUGAACCUGCUUUCUCAUUUCUGUAUUGAGUUUAAGGUUUCUGGUACUGCCUGAGGCAAACUGAAGAACACAUUUGUCUAAGAAAUUAACUUUGAAUAAAACAAGAUAUACAAAAAAAAACAACGGUGGUCUAUAGCAUUGGGGCGACCACACCAACAUCUAUUAAAUGCACACUGCCUUUUUUAAAUGGGUUAAGGUUUAACAUGUAUUUCACUGCAUGUUGUUGUGUGUGCCAUUAACGUGCUAGAUUAUAGGACAGGUGACUGCUUUGUUCGCAAAGUCCCUGUUAAAAUGUCGAAAAUCUUAUUGUCCAAACCAUGGAGCGGCUGCUCUGGAUCUGAAUUUAUUUUAACCAAACUGUGAUUUGUGAAGUGGCGCUAACCGAAUUAUUCUCUUUUUGGGCUACAUUCCAAAUGGCACCCUAUUCAUUCCCCUAUGGGCCCUGGUCAAAGGUAGAGCACUACAGUGGGGGGAAAAAAGUAUUUGGUCAGCCACCAAUUGUGCAAGUUCUCCCACUUAAAAAGAUGAGAGAGGCCUGUAAUUUUCAUUAUAGGUACACGUCAACUAUGACAGACAAAUUGAGAAUUUUUUUUCCAGAAAAUCACAUUGUAGGAUUUUUUAUGAAUUUAUUUGCAAAUUAUGGUGGAAAAUAAGUAUUUGGUCACCUACAAACAAGCAAGAUUUCUGGCUCUCACAGACCUGUAACUUCUUCUUUAAGAGGCUCCUCUGUCCUCCACUCGUUACCUGUAUUAAUGGCACCUGUUUGAACUUGUUAUCAGUAUAAAAGACACCUGUCCACAACCUCAAACAGUCACACUCCAAACUCCACUAUGGCCAAGACCAAAGAGCUGUCAACGGACACCAGAAACAAAAUUGUAGACCUGCACCAGGCUGGGAAGACUGAAUCUGCAAUAGGUAAGCAGCUUGGUUUGAAGAAAUCAACUGUGGGAGCAAUUAUUAGGAAAUGGAAGACAUACAAGACCACUGAUAAUCUCCCUCGAUCUGGGGCUCCACGCAAGAUCUCACCCCGUGGGGUCAAAAUGAUCACAAGAAUGGUGAGCAAAAAUCCCAGAACCACACAGGGGGACCUAGUGAAUGACCUGCAGAGAGCUGGGACCAAAGUAACAAAGCCUACCAUCAGUAACACACUACGCCGCCAGGGACUCAAAUCCUGCAGUGCCAGACGUGUCCCCCUGCUUAAGCCAGUACAUGUCCAGGCCCGUCUGAAGAUUGCUAGAGUGCAUUUGGAUGAUCCAGAAGAGGAUUGGGAGAAUGUCAGAUGAAACCAAAAUAUAACUUUUUGGUAAAAACUCAACUCGUCGUGUUUGGAGGACAAAGAAUGCUGAGUUGCAUCCAAAGAACACCAUACCUACUGUGAAGCAUGGGGGUGGAAACAUCAUGCUUUGGGGCUGUUUUUCUGCAAAGGGACCAGGACGACUGAUCCGUGUAAAGAAAAUAAUGAAUGGGGCUAUGUAUCGUGAGAUUUUGAGUGAAAACCUCCUUCCAUCGGCAAGGGCAUUGAAGAUGAAACGUGGCUGGGUCUUUCAGCAUGACAAUGAUCCCAAACACACCGCCCGGGCAACGAAGGAGUGGCUUCGUAAGAAGCAUUUCAAGGUCCUGGAGUGGCCUAGCCAGUCUCCAGAUCUCAACCCCAUAGAAAAUCUUUGGAGGGAGUUGAAAGUCCGUGUUGCCCAGCGACAGCCCCAAAACAUCACUAUUCUAGAGGAGAUCUGCAUGGAGGAAUGGGCCAAAAUACCAGCAACAGUGUGUGAAAACCUUGUGAAGACUUACAGAAAAUGUUUGACCUGUGUCAUUGCCAACAAAGGGUAUAUAACAAAGUAUUGAGAAACUUUUGUUAUUGACCAAAUACUUAUUUUCCACCAUAAUUUGCAAAUAAAUUCAUUAAAAAUCCUACAAUGUGAUUUUCUGGAAAAAAAAUUCUCAUUUUGUCUGUCAUAGUUGACGUGUACCUAUGAUGAAAAUUACAGGCCUCUCAUCUUUUUAAGUGGGAGAACUUGCACAAUUGGUGGCUGACUAAAUACUUUUUUCCCCCACUGUAUAUAUGGAAAUAGGCUGCCAUUUGGGACGAAUCCAUGGUGACCCUUUGCCUCACUCUCUCUCUUUACUUGUCUUUUGCAGGGCACAAAUCCCAUCUACAAGAGUGCCGUAACAACUGUUGUCAAUCCAAAAUACGAGGGCAAAUGAUGGAGCUUCCUCUGUCAUUACAACACUAUGCAAAAUAAUAUGGGGGGAGGG